AUGCAGGAGGCAUUGAGUGACAUGCGUGUAUCUGCACUGGGGGAAAUCGGGUUAGACAGGACCGUUAACCAAGUACACUGGAUGUCCCAAGAAAAGAUUUUUGAUAAAUUGCUAGGAUUGGCUAGACCAAACAAACCAGUGAUUCUACAUUUGCGUGGCCAGGCCACGGAGACAAUGUCAGACGCUGUGUAUACUAGAGCAUUGGAAAUUGUGCAGAACAAUUGUGAGCCGGAGCAGAAAAUUCAUCUCCAUUGUUUCCAUGGGAGUGCGAGACAAGUGGAUAUUUGGCGUCGCGCUUUUCCGAACACUUAUUUCAGCUUUUCUUUAAAGGUCAAAAAUUUCCAUGAAGAUCAGAUACUGGCAGCCAGGAAUGUCCCAAACCAUCGUAUUUUGAUUGAGACAGAUUCACCAUAUUGUACUAUCCCAUCCAACAUACGGAUUAACAAUCCGCGUAGGAUGGGACAAGUAGCAUUGAUUUUAGCAGGUAUCAGGAGCCAACCUGUGGCCGAGAUAUUUGCUCUCACAAGGGAAAAUGGAAAAAGCCUAUAUGGCUAA